CCAAUCAAGGCACAGAUGCAGACAGGGAUCGGGAGAAAUUACAAACUGAAAGCACUGCAGAAAGGAAGAUUGAAAAGAAGAAUCUGCAGGCUGUUAAUUUUACCUAAGAACCUCACGAACUCAGAACGUUUGCUGCAAAUUUCAUCCCACAGCUACCAAAACAGGCGAACAGAAAUGGCUGCUCAUGGAGAGACAAGUUCAGUUGGUGGAUUUCAGUUUAGUUCUCCGCCCGUGAAGAUGUUAGCCGGAAAACUGAGGGAGUGUACAAGGCGAGCGGGCCCUACGCCAUCCUUCUGGUUGGAAAAGGACCCCAGUGGAGGCGGUGGUCAGUUGGAUGUAAGUCUGGUGUGGAUGCAGGGCACCGUAAUCCAAGUGCGGCCAGAUCGGGGCACCACCCUCCGUCUGAAUGACACCACUCACACAUUCACAGUAUGUGGGGCAGACAAGGUGCCCAAGGGAAAGCACUGCCUUGAGAUAGGAAAGUAUGUAAUGGUAAUGGGUGUUGUGUUGUCCUCCAGUCCUGAGCCUAUUUUGCGUGCAGUGAAAAUUACUGAUUUAUCAGACAAUCCAGUGCAUAGCCGUAUGUGGAAACAUGAAGUGGAUCACUUACACAGGACCUACAUGGGACACAGAGCCAUCUGACUUUCUUAAAAGUUGUGUUAAGUUGUAACCAUAACAGAACUGUUUUGUAAAAUAAUAUUAUGUAUAGUAUUUUUAUGUAAUGAUUCUAAUUUUGUUAAUAAAAUAAUACUAAGAUGUCC